CAGCGGAGAGCUCAUCUUACAGUGCAGUAUGUAAAUGUUUGCCCUGGGUGAACGCCCUGAGCCGCUUGUCUGGUGAGCGCAGGCAGAGGUGAGAGAGCCAGCACCUACCAAGCCAAGAGUACAGACAGGGCAGGAGAGCCUCGUCCCCGGACACCUGGGUAUUCACAGCUGGAGAAACCGGGCGUCUGAAACUCCUCUGCCCGUCCUCGGCAGUUAGCGUCGCGCGCAGGUGUGCUGUACUGGAGCUUAUUUACCCUGUCGGGAGUCAUGGCAGAGUUUCCAGGCAAAGUGAACACGGAGACCAGCUCCCCCUCUCAGACGGCCGUCCAGGGCUUUUCUGUCAGGCUCAUCUCCCUGGAUCUGAUCUUCAUCAGGACUGUCCCCGCCAUCCUCAUGAUCACCGAAAUCGCCCUGGGGCUGCUGGUGUGGGCUCUCAUUGCCAGCACACAGUACUUCAGGGUUCCUGGGUUCGGCUGGGUGAUGUUUGUCAGCGUUUUUCUGUGGAUCCUGACCAUCCUGGUGUUCUUCAUCUACUUCCUGAGGAUCAACAGCAAGCUGGUGUCAGUGCCCUGGACCAUUGUGCUCCUGGCCUUUAACGUCACUGCUGCUGUCCUCUACAUCACUGCGUUCCUGACCGCCUCAGCCUCCAUCACUCCCUACUUCAUCGCUGGGACGCUGAACUUUAACAACUUGGCUGCAGCUGCAUUCUUUGCCUGCCUGGUGAUGAUUGCUUACUGCGCCAGCUCCUUCCUGAGCUUCAUGACCUGGAGAAGAGAGGGAGGAGGCACCAUAGCCCAGGCCGCCGGGACUGUCCCUGCGUAGUCUCCGCUGCUCAGAGAGCCUGACUGUACUUACACACAUGCUCGUACUCAUCACAGACCGGGACACACAGGGGAGCUGGCAACACCGCUGAAGUGGAGACAAUGUGUCUUUUUAUUGGUGAAAGAUUUUAGAUUAUUGCAAAGUGGUGACGGAUCUCAGUGCUCUCUCUGUGUACUGGGAGUAUGUAUGUUGUUUUAACAGGAACUCAAUUGGGCAAUUUAAGAAAGAAGAAAAAAAGGCGCAGAGAGCAACAUUUCCUCUAAUUUCAGUAUAAUUUUGUCAUAAAUCUACAUGGAUGUAUUUCUUUACAUUCCCUACAGACACCACAGUGUAAAGAGCAGAAAAGUUUUUUUAGAAAAAAAUUAACAUUGGUAUUUUUCACCCAGGAAUGUUUUGCCCUCUAUUGGUGUGGGUUUCCCUGUCACACCAUUGCGUUCAGAGCAGGAAAUCCCAGCACUGCAGUUGGAUCACGCAUGAGGCGUGGCCAAACAGCUCCGAGCUUCCUGCAAGGUUCAGCUGCUGCACACUCGCCUGGGAGCACUUGCCCACAGGUGCCCAACCCCUGUCAUGACACCAUAGUUAAUGGGUCCACAGGUCUGUGUUUAACGAUACCUUGCCCAAGACUGGGAAGGGCCAGCCUUCAAGCUUGCCCUGCAUAUUCUCGGCUCCAGGAGUCAGACCUGCUCUGUGCUUUUCACCUGCAGUCAGCUGCCUGAAUGAGUGCUGGCUGUACCAGACGCCUGCCUGUGCAGAGGUCAGAGAGGAAGGGGAAUGGAGAGAGUGUGAGGAAUGUGAACAAUCACCUCCCUGUCCUGUAUCCACUGCUGUCCUUCACGCUCCUGGAGGUCACUUGUAGCUCAGUAACCUAGGCCUCAGGCUGCCUGUCUGCAGCAAACUGCAAACCCCGUGCUGAGUGGAGGCUGGCUGUUUGGCAGAGGCUUCUUGCUCUCCCCAGAGGAAACCUGCAAACAGACUGUGGGUUUUCCAGUUGCUGGUAGAUGGGUCAAUGUACCGAAUUACUGUGGACCACAGGCAGGUAGUGAACUGACGGUGGUCAAGACUUUCCAGAACACCUGCUGCUGAGCUAAGCCUCAAAGUGUCCGAUUUGCAAGGUCUGCACAAAUGGGUAACACAGUGAAGACAUUUACCUCUGGUUGUGAUUUUGCAGACAUGGUACUAUAAUAAAGUGCAAUGUGCAGUUUGGUUUUUACAAUAUGCUUUAUAAAUUAACAAUGGCUGCUGAAAGUAGAGAACUGUACUUUUGCUUUUAUGAAUAUCAGAUGCUAUAUUUAUAAACCACAAUGUGCUGUUAAACAAUUAUUUGUAUUCCAUUUAUUCAAAAAACAUCCAUUUAUACAGAGGUUAGAAAACAGGGGUACUUCAUUCAAAACUACACAUAAAAAACUGUCAAAUGAAGACUACAGCCACACAAAGAAUAAAUGAGCUAUGCAGCAUCAUUACAUUAAAUCCCCCAUUAUUACAGUAAAAGGAUCAGACCUGAACAUACAAACCUCUGAAUUACGAGUCACCUUUUGUCCUUAUUGUUUAUAUUAGUACAGUACAUUGGGAAAUGACAGAUUAGGAAAAUACAGUAUAUAAAUAUUUUUAACUGUACAAAAUGAAAAACAAAACAUGAAUAAGAUGAAAAUUGAACGUACAAACAUUCCAACGCAAAACAUGAGUAGGUUUCCUAUCAAUGUGCUGUACCUGACCAGGGUUACUGUCAGCAUAGUGCUGUAAAGAAAUAAUUUCUCUAGUGUAAUACUGGCAAAACCAAGCCAUAGAAUUUGUGUUAACAAGUAAUAUGUCUAACCAAAAAAAAA